AUGGCGUCAAUCAACCUGUCCCUAAACGGGGCCGCGAUCAAGAACAGCUACAAAAAGGUGCUGGAAGGAGCCCUGCCUGCCGGUUCUCCCACCUCGUGCCUGUGGGCCCUCUUCUCUGUUCAGGCGCCCCUUGUCAAUGCCUUCCAGAACUCUGGCUCUAGCGAAAGCGUCCUUAAAGUGCAAGACUCAGGAGAGGGUGAACUGAGCGACCUUUUUGAGGAAUUCAACGAUGGACGCAUCCAGUACGCAUACAUCAAGCUCAACGACCCCAACAAGAACAUUCCCAAGCGAGUCUUGAUUGCCUGGUGUGGCAGCGGUGUUCCCGAACGUACCAAGGGCUACUUCAACAACUACACUAAUGCCAUCACCGGCGUCCUGCAGGGCUUCCACACCCAGAUCACCGCCCGCUCCGACGACGACCUCGAUGCCCAGGCCAUCCUGUCCAAGGUGGUUGCCGCUUCGGGCUCUGACUAUUCCGGCCCUGGUGUCAAGGCUGCCACUUCCAGCCGCGCUCCGCCGCCCCGGACCGUUGCAGCCAAGCCUGUCUUCACGCCCACCACAUCGACCGCGACCCGCAGCAACCUGGUGGCCUCUCGGUCUACCAGAAAUGUCGACGACAACGACGGCUGGGGUGACGCUCCCCCCGUCACGCGAACCCAGCCCGAAAAGGUCGAGUCUGCCUACAAGCCCACCAAGGUCAACAUGGCCGAGCUCACCAAGCAGAAGGCCGAGCCCUCGCGAUUCGUCCCUACCGCUCGCCGGGACGACGGCGGCGCGGACGUGGUCAAGGGUGGCUACCAACCUAUCGGCAAGGUCGACAUUGCUGCUAUCCGUGCCCAGGCCAAGAAGGACCAGGACGACCGGCCGACCCCUGUCAAGGGCGCCUAUGAGCCCGUCGGCAAGGUUGACAUUGCGGCCAUCCGUGCCAAGGCCCAGAAGCCUACGUCUGCACCCCAGGCCGAGGAGGAGUCCCAGGCCCCCAAGGGCGUGUCCGACAGGGCUUCCGCCUUCUCACAGCCUGCCCAGUCUGAGCGUCUGACCAGCCUUCCGAAGCCCAAGGUGGCCAACAAGUUUGGAGGUGCUACGGCCUUUACCGGAACCAAGCCUCCCGUGCCCGUCGGCGGCGCCUCGGCUCCUGCCCCGGCGCCCGUCGGGUCUGCCAGCCGCACCUUUGCUGACCAGGGUGGCAAGACGCCGGCCCAGCUGUGGGCCGAGAAGAAGGCCAAGGAGCGCGGCGAACCUGUGCCCAGUGCUUCCGCCCCGUCAUCGGCUCCCGUCGAGUCGCAGAAGACUGGCGGUGAGGAGUGGAAGAGCGGCUACGCUGGUAAAUCGUGGGCGCCGGUGCAGACGUCGUCCCGCUUUAGCCGUCCUGAAGAUGGCCAGGAGGCAGUCGACGUGCCUCAGCACGAGGAGCAGCAGCCCACCCACACUGGCUCUGGCAGUGUGUCCGCCCUGAAGGAUCGCUUCAAGGGCGCCGCGCCGAUGGGUGUCGGUGCUGCCGCUGGUGUCGUCGCCGGUGCCGGUGCCAGUGCCGCCAUUGCCUCCCACGAGAAGGAAGAGGAGGAGGAGUCCGCCCCCCCUCCGGUGCCCGACGCGUCCAGACCCGCCGGCGGCUUCUCCCUCCCGGGACUUCCCAGCAGGCCUGCCGCCCCCGUCGAGGAGCCCCGGCAAGAGGAGGAGGAGUAUGAGCCGGAGCCCGAGUCCCCCGUGCGCAUUGCCAUACCCGUCGCUCGCUCUCCGUCGCCCGAAGAGACGCGCGCCCCGCCGCCCCCUCCUCCCGCCGAGCCGGAACCCGCACCUGUGCCGGAAGCCGCGGCGCCCGUCGCAGACCAAAAGGAGGGCGGCUUCGUGGCCGUGGUGCAGUUCGACUACGAAAAGGGCGAGGAGAACGAGGUGGAGCUCGUCGAGGGCGAGUACGUGACGGACAUCGACAUGGUCGACGAGGGGUGGUGGGCCGGCACCAACGCCAGGGGCGAGCGUGGCCUCUUCCCCUGCAACUACGUCGAGCUCGUCGAGGACGGCGGAACGGUGCCCCAUCAUGAGGAGCCCGAGCCUGCUCCCCCCUCCCCGGCCAGGCAGGAGGCUGCUGCGCCUCCUCCGCCGGCUCCCGCAGCGGCACCUCCUGCUUCUGUUGGGCCCACCGCCACGGCCAUUUACGAUUAUGAAGCUGGCGAGAACAAUGAACUCAGCUUCCCCGAGGAUGCCAUCAUCACCAAUCUCAAGUUUCCCGACGAUGACUGGUGGGCUGGUGAAUACAAUGGAAAUAUUGGUCUGUUCCCUGCAAACUAUGUACGGCUCAACGAGUGA